AUGCCCAGGUCAGCGAAGGAAGUACUCGACUAUGUCAUGAACAUCUUCUUCAAGGACAAUACAUGGCAUGAAACAGCCGCUAAUCUCAAGGCCAAUCCCAUUUUCUUUGGAUCUGACCUCGAGCGACUUGCGCUUGGUGAAGACUGCCACGAGCUUCAUCUCGCAGCUGCAUCCAUGGAUUGGGUUGGAGAUCUCCAAUACGAAGCCAAGGUGGCCGAGUCGCUGAAACGGCCUCGGUUUACAAGC